AUGGCAGUACCUUCUUCAACUGAUCAGACAACCGAUCUGUACUCCAAAAAGGCAGAAUUCUGGGAGAGCUAUCUCAAAGGACGGCCCAGAGCACCGGAAAGGCUAUUGGACCGUGUCUUCCGCUAUCACGAGGAGCACGGUGGGAGAUGGGAUUGUGCGCAUGACAUAGGUGCCGGAGUCGCCCCGUACGCCAGCGACCUCCGAAGCAGGUUCGCAGACGUCAUCCUUUCAGACAUCUCCCCCGAUAAUGUCGCCGUCGCCCAAGCACGCUUGGGCACGGACGGCUUUAGCUACCGCGCAGCCAGGGCCGAGGACGUGGACGAUAUCACUCCUGGCACCGUGGAUAUGACGUUUGCAAGCACCAUGUUCCACUUCUGCGACGACCAGCACGCUGCCAUGGCUGCCAUGGCAAAGCAGCUGCGGCCAGGGGGCACAUUCGUGUGCUUUUUUGUGGGAUUGGCCUCGUUCGAUGAUCCGGCCGUCUAUGACCUAUACAUGGAUAUCGUACGGACUGGGAACAAAGGGCUGUGCCAGAACGUCAGGGACCCCGAUAAUCUGCUUCGCGCCAUUGAUCGGAUCCGCGGGUUCUACAACGUCGCGCCUCUUGAAGAUGAGCUCUGGCUUCCGGGAGCGCAGAGAAUCUCGCUGAACAUGGGGGACACGGGGACGCCGAGACUUACGGUUCCAGAUAUGGUCCUCGAAACCGAGGAGCCUCUUUACACCGGACCCAGUGAUGUGGAGUCCUUCUUGACAGAAGAUGGCUGGGGGUUUGCCAUGGGUAUCAAUGACAUCAAGCAGCACAUUUGGACCAUGACCUUUUCCGAGUCUGAUGAGUUGACUAGACUGUUCAAUCCCUAG